AUGGAAUCCCUCGAGGCAUACCAACUCGACAGUGGCCUCACCGACCACCCCCUAGCUUUCCGCAUACCCCCUCCUGUUGCGGACACCACUAUACUCGGCACAAUGCUCCGGGACCUUGCCACCUUCCAGCCAGCCCUCACCAUUACCACGCACUGGCAGCAACCCGCAGCCAGCCUACCACGGCGUCCCAAUGACCGCCCCAUCUGGGCUUACCUCACACCAACCCUAGGCACGACCCUCAUAUCCAUCAACCGGCUACAUACAACAAAGGUCCGCUGGGUGGGAGACAUUACCAAUGACAAGGGCACCAUGCUACUUAGCCUUGAGUCUCUCCGCACCAAAUUUGGGCGGUCCAGGCACACGCUCCAACGGUUUGCUCCCAUCUGGGACGCCAUCCCCACAGCUGUGCCACCUAACCCUCCACCGGCCCUUCGGCAACAAACACUACCGUGGGCCCCCCGCCCCGCUGGCCAACCACUACCUCUCCCCCUGCCACCACCGCUCCGUUCCUCCCUACCAUACUUUGCCCACCCUCUUGGCGGCACCUUCUUUGUCCCCACCCCGGGCUACGAAACCCUACACAUCCCUGUACACGCCAUGCUAGUCAUCCCACAUCACCUCACCCAUCAGGAUGGACAACCCCCCACCCUCAGCUACCGCAUCGGACAGCGCAAUAGUAUCCAAACCCGGCAAUCACCCGCGGGCACAGAGAUUGCUGUCACCUUCUGGCACGAACUCCGCAAAGACUCCGACAUCUGCGGGAAAAAUAACCGCUCCCUCAUUGCCUCCACCGCGGGAGGCACCAUCGACAGGACCCAGAGCCCUACAGGGCAUCAGCCGGCCCAGCAGGCAACGCCGGCCUGUAACGCAUGCCACCGCCUAGCAGACACUACUUUAUGUCCAGACUGUGGCCAAUGGCAUCACUCGGCAUACAUCCCACACUGCCAAGUGGUCCCACAAUACACUACCCCGACGUACGGCCAACACACCCUCCCACUACGGGCUGCGCGCACUUAUGCUGUGGGUGAUGGCAGCGUCACGCACCAGAGUACCCCAGCCACACAUGGAACAUGGAGCUACAUGGGCCGCGAUGGAACCACCCUCGCGGGGAUCCUACAAGUUCACGCUAAUCACAUCACACCCACGCGUUGCGAACUACACAGCCUCCUGGUGGGCCUCCAUCAUUCUUGA